AUGAACCACUUCUUUGUGAAUCUUCUCGUCACCUCUGUGAUCGCUAAGCUCGUCUCCUUCCCGAUUCCCAUCCUGCGCACCCUCCUCCUCGCUUUGCCGACUGGCAGCUCAAAUCCAGGAUCCCUGCCCCCAUCCUCAGACUGUGGUUUCGGCCUUGCCCGGCGAGAUCUCACCAGCGAAUUUCCGCGCAGCAUGCCACUUCAAUUGCACAACUUUCUCUUCUCUGUACGUCAGUGGAUGGACUGCUACGUGAAUCUCACCCUCCCAGAGGCCGUCUCCUCCGCCCGAUCCGAAUCUACGUCUUCGGUUUGGAGAAGCAAGAAGUCUAGUAGCCUCGUUGCUGACAGUCCUACUACCUUCGUACCUCACCGAUUUGCUCAGAUUUCGGCCUCGGUUAGAGCGCUAUUAUCGGAUAACGACCUUGGAAGUAUUGCUGUGAAUGGAGCUCCUUCUGCCUUAGCCGACACAGGUACUCAUCUUUGUUAUACAUGCUAG